GGCCCGCGCCCCCGCCCCGCCCCGCCCCGCCCUCCGCGCCCGGCGGCGCCCCUGCGUUCCGCUCCGAGAGCCGCGAUCGCUCGGCCGAGGGGGCCGGGGCGCGGGCGUGUGCGCCGCUGCCGGGGAGCCAGCGCGGAGCCCGCGAUGGAAUAAUGCCCAGCGGCCCGCCAGGUCCCGGUCGUCUUCUGGUGCGUGUGACACCUGAGACAUGAGAUCGUCCGCCUGCAGGCUCUCCAGUUUUUCGAGAGACACACUAUGGAAUCGGAUGCCGGACCAGAUCUCCGUGUCCGAGUUCAUCGCCGAGACCACCGAGGACUACAACUCGCCCACCACGUCCAGCUUCACCACGCGGCUGCACAACUGCAGGAACACCGUGACGCUGCUGGAGGAGGCGCUAGACCAAGAUAGAACAGCUUUACAGAAGGUGAAGAAGUCUGUGAAAGCCAUCUAUAACUCUGGUCAAGACCAUGUACAAAAUGAAGAAAACUAUGCCCAAGUUCUGGAUAAGUUCGGGAGUAAUUUUUUAAGUCGAGACAACCCGGAUCUUGGCACCGCUUUCGUCAAAUUUUCUACUCUCACCAAGGAACUGUCCACGCUGCUGAAAAAUCUGCUCCAGGGGCUGAGCCACAACGUGAUCUUCACCUUGGACUCCCUGCUGAAAGGAGACCUCAAGGGAGUCAAAGGAGAUCUCAAGAAGCCAUUCGACAAAGCUUGGAAAGAUUAUGAGACAAAGUUCACAAAAAUUGAGAAGGAGAAGAGAGAGCAUGCGAAGCAGCACGGGAUGAUCCGCACGGAGAUCACGGGGGCCGAGAUCGCGGAGGAGAUGGAGAAGGAGCGGCGCCUCUUCCAGCUGCAGAUGUGCGAGUAUCUCAUCAAAGUCAACGAGAUCAAGACCAAAAAGGGCGUGGACCUGCUGCAGAACCUCAUCAAGUACUACCACGCUCAGUGCAAUUUCUUUCAAGAUGGCUUGAAAACCGCUGACAAAUUGAAACAGUACAUUGAAAAACUGGCUGCUGACUUAUAUAACAUAAAACAGACCCAGGAUGAAGAAAAGAAACAGCUGACUGCCCUCCGGGACUUAAUAAAAUCCUCUCUCCAGCUCGAUCAGAAAGAAGAUUCCCAGAGCCGCCAGGGCGGGUACAGCAUGCACCAGCUCCAGGGCAACAAGGAAUACGGCAGCGAGAAGAAGGGCUACCUGCUGAAGAAGAGUGACGGGAUCCGCAAAGUGUGGCAGAGGAGGAAGUGCGCGGUCAAGAACGGGAUGCUGACCAUCUCCCACGCCACAGCUAACAGGCAACCAGCCAAGUUGAACCUCCUCACCUGCCAGGUGAAGCCGAAUGCCGAGGACAAGAAGUCUUUUGACCUGAUCUCACAUAAUAGGACGUAUCACUUUCAGGCAGAAGACGAGCAGGAUUACGUAGCAUGGAUAUCAGUGCUGACCAACAGCAAAGAGGAGGCCCUGACCAUGGCCUUCCGCGGAGAGCAGAGCACGGGCGAGAACAGCCUGGAAGACCUGACCAAAGCCAUCAUCGAGGACGUCCAGCGGCUGCCUGGCAACGACGUCUGCUGCGACUGCGGCUCCUCAGAACCCACCUGGCUUUCAACCAACCUGGGUAUUUUGACCUGCAUAGAAUGUUCUGGAAUCCACAGGGAAAUGGGGGUCCAUAUUUCCCGCAUUCAGUCUUUGGAACUAGACAAGCUGGGAACUUCUGAACUCUUGCUGGCCAAGACCAUUGGGAACAAUAGUUUCAAUGAUAUUAUGGAAGCAAAUUUACCCAGCCCCUCACCGAAACCUACCCCAAUGAGUGACAUGACUGCGCGGAAGGAGUACAUCACGGCCAAGUAUGUGGAUCAUCGGUUUUCGAGGAAGACCUGUUCCUCUCCGUCAGCUAAACUGAACGAACUGAUGGAGGCCGUGAGGUCCCGGGACCUACUUGCACUCGUCCAGGUCUACGCGGAAGGCGUGGAGCUCAUGGAGCCGCUGCUGGAGCCCGGGCAGGAGCUCGGGGAGACCGCCCUUCAUCUUGCAGUCCGAACUGCAGACCAGACAUCUCUCCAUUUGGUUGACUUCCUUGUCCAAAACUGCGGGAACCUGGACAAGCAGACGGCCCUGGGGAACACGGCCCUGCACUACUGCAGCAUGUUCGAGAAGCCCGAGUGCCUGAAGCUGCUGCUCCGGAGCAAGCCCACCGUGGACGUGGUGAACCAGGCUGGAGAGACUGCCCUCGACAUAGCAAAGAGACUGAAAGCCACCCAGUGUGAAGAUCUGCUCCAGGCCGCAGCGGAACACGAUGCUCAUAACUUGGGGAAGGUUGAGAUAGGAAAGCUUUCCCAGGCCAAGUCCGGAAAGUUCAACCCACACGUCCACGUGGAAUACGAAUGGAACCUGCGACAGGAGGAGAUGGAUGAGAGCGACGACGACCUGGACGACAAGCCGAGCCCCAUCAAGAAGGAGCGCUCGCCGCGCCCGCAGAGCUUCUGCCACUCCUCCAGCAUCUCCCCCCAGGACAAGCUGGCGCAGCCGGGGUUCGGCACCCCGCGGGACAAGCAGCGGCUCUCCUACAGCGCCUUCACCAACCAGAUCUUCACCUCCACGAGCACAGACUCGCCCACGUCACCCACCUCGGAGGCCCCUCCAUUGCCGCCUCGAAACGCCGGCAAAGGUCCCACCGGCCCACCGUCAACGCUCCCUCUCGGCAUGCAGUCCUCCGGCGGCACGUCCACCCUGUCCAAGAAGCGGCCCCCUCCGCCGCCGCCCGGACACAAGAGGACCCUGUCGGACCCUCCCAGCCCACUACCUCACGGGCCCUCCAGCAAAGGCGCAGUUACCUGGGGCAACGACAUGGGUCCAUCCUCCUCAAGCAAGACCACAAACAAGUUUGAGGGGCUGUCUCAGCAGGCGAGCACCGGUUCCGCGAAGUCUGCCCUUGGCCCGCGAGUUCUGCCUAAACUACCUCAGAAAGUGGCACUCCGGAAGACCGAGACCAGCCACCAUCUCUCCCUGGACAAGGCCAGCAUCCCGCCCGAAGGCGUCCAGAAACCGGCGCCGCUGGCAGACUUCCCCCAGAAGCCCCCUGGAGACCUGCCCCCGAAGCCCACCGAACUGGCGCCCAAGCCCCAAAUCGGAGAUCUGCCACCUAAGCCGGGAGAACUGCCCCCCAAGCCUCAGCUGGGCGACCUGCCCCCCAAGCCCCACCUCGCAGACCUGCCCCCCAAACCACAGAUGAAGGACCUGCCUCCCAAGCCGCAGCUGGCGGACCUGCUGGCCAAGGCCCAGCCGGGGGAGGCCUCGCCCAAGGCCCCGCCCGCCGACGUCGCCCCGAAGUCGCACUCGUUGGAUCUCUCCCCGAACGUGCCGGCCCGAGACGCCAUCCAGAAGCAGGCCUCCGAGGACUCCAGUGACCUGACGCCCACUCUGCCCGAGAUGCCCGUGCCGCUGCCCAGGAAGAUCAACACGGGGAAAAACAAGGUGAGGCGCGUGAAGACCAUCUACGACUGCCAGGCGGACAACGACGACGAGCUGACCUUCAUCGAGGGCGAGGUGAUCGUCGUCACGGGGGAGGAGGACCAGGAGUGGUGGAUCGGCCACAUCGAGGGAGAGCCCGAAAGGAAAGGGGUCUUUCCUGUGUCCUUUGUUCACAUCCUGUCCGACUAGCGAGAAGGAGAGCCUGAGACGGUCCACACCCUUCACGGCUGACGCCGCCCCGCGGCGCCCUGUGCCCACGUGUACAUAGCUGCUGUUACAGCGCGGGACCCGCCGGGCCGCGCAGGAGGGCGCGUGGUGUGUGUUGUAAAUAAACGCCCUGUUAUCUUCCGCCUUCGCCAGUAUUAAUGGGAGCCGGGGACCGGCGUCUUCCUGGUUUGCCAAAGCCGUCCUGGCGUCUAGCACUUACAUCUCUCUCUGUGCCGUUUUCCACGCGAGCAGGAACCUGGGAACCGCCGGCUCUGCCGACAGCAGUGGUCUCGGCUGCGCCAAGGCGCGGCGCGGACCGUUCCCAGCGGCCGUGCUCUCGCCUGUUCCUGAGCGAGCACGGUCGCUGGCGGAAGGCACGGUCCGGGGAGACUCUGAGCUCCGACAGGCCACCCGCAGCCUGUGUUCAGUUUACAGCUCCACCGCCCACGGGCAUUCAUGACAGCAAGCGCCCGGUUAAACGUGAGUGUGACCCCUUCGGCAGGACAGGCACACCCCGGCCUCGGGGCACGCACGGCACCCACCCCUCGCGCAGGUCGGCCAGUGGAUGCAGACGUCCCGGGAGCAGCGCCCGCCCCUGAGACGUUACCUCAUUAUGCAAAGAUGCCGUAGCCUUCGUGACGAUUCGGACAGAAGCUAACGCCCUCGGUGACGUUCCUCUUCCAGGCCCGGGGGCGGCCGGGAACGGCAGCCUCCUCGCCGCGCACGCGUUAGACGCCUCCGGAGCCUGCCUUCCGUAACGGAGCGUGCGGAGCGGGGGGCCUGCACGCUCUAACCUGAUUGCCAUUAAAAGCAGAGAUGAUAAGGUUGCGACGAUGUUUGUGUUCUGGUCAGCCCUGUGGCUUUCCCUCACGCGUGUGGCUCUCCACGUCAUGUUGUGAAUUGGCAUCCUUCCCGUGUGUGAAAGCAUCUCGUGCGUCAGUUCACAUUCUGUUCGGAGCUCUGUCCCUGACACGUGUAAGCCCUUCAGAGAUUAGUCAAGAGGAGGACGGGUUAGAAGUCCCCCUGCCCUCGGUCUCCCCGCCGUAGAACCAGGUGCUGCAACCGACCCUUUCUUCCUCCCGGCUCUUGGUUAAACCCCGAUUGUAGGACGUCCCCAGCCCCACGCCCUGUUCCGCCGACACGUCACCUUCAGGUCAGCCCAUCACCGAGGCCCUGGCGCUGCUGUGACCCCACGUGGGAAGCCUGUCCCCCGUGAGGCCCCUCUCGGUUUCCUUCUCACCCACGUGCGGGUCAGACAGCAGGAACGCCGCGCCUGCGCCGGCCGUUCGCGUGCGUCGGGAAUUUGAAAAGAAUACAGUGGGUUCGCUCCCCGACCGGCGGGGCUGAGCCCUGACCAGGGCCUGUGUGUCCUCCUGCCAUUGCAUUUGCUUAAACUGCUCUGUUGGCAAACCGCGCAGGAAACAGCAUUCUUACGCAGAUAAUCUUGGCAAUGAGUGAGGCGUGUCCAUUUCACAGAAGCACAAUCCCUCCCGGACCCUUCGGGAAAGCCGUCAUUGACCGUCACCGCCCCGCGCCGGUGAAUUCGGUUCCGUGCGCACGGUCGCUCAGAGAGCUUUGGGCAGCCCCUGGCUUAGGAAACCCCGUGGCAGGCCUGCCGCCCCCCUCAGCUGUGACUCCCGCAGCCAGAGGGCAGGCGCGGCCAGUGACCUGGGGUGCGGCCGGCAGCGUCUGCACCCUCGGGACGUAGGCCACACUCGUGUCAGGGCAGGAGGUCACCCUCCCACGUCCCUAGUGUCCCGGUUCGGUUCCACGUUUUCAGUUGCAUUAAAAAACUCAUCUUUGCAGCCUACAGUGUUUUAACUGAUCUCAGAAUAACUGGUUUCUUAAAAACACACACACACACUAGAUGUCUGAGACGACGCGGAAUCGAUGUCGGCUCUUCCCCUUCCCAGCAACGUGAACGCGUUUUCACGCCGUUUCUUCUUUCGGGUUUGUCUCUGUUCUCCACCGGGAAUCGGAGCUCUCUCCAGCUCGCUGACCCUGGGGCACCUGUGCUGGUCUUAGUUGAGUUGAAAUCUGAUCAUUGUUCUGAAUCUCAGUGAGCCACUAUCUGCAAUUUUGUACAUGAGAUAGUAUUUUGAAGGUAUGGAAACUUAUGGGGAAAAAAUAGCUAAUGAGUUCUCUCUCCCCCGGAGGGGAACGGUAUGUUCUGCAAAUAGCGUGUCUUAUUUUCCUGUUGAACAGCGAUGCUAUUUAUUUUUUUAUUGCCUAGGACUCCAGCCUGUUGUAUAGCCUCCAUGGACCACUCGGUAAAUCCCGACUCUCAUCCGACAUUUCCCUCGGACACCAGUACUCGCGUCCGUUCACGUGUAUUUAAUGUGACAGUGUUUUUUCAGUACUGUAUGUGUUCAUUUCUACUUUUUUUAAUAUUUAAAAUUGCUUUUAAAUAAACAUAUUCUCAGUUGAUCCCAAA